AUGACAACAUCGUAUUUUAGCGGAGCAGUUCUAUUUCUAACGGUAUGGAUAGUAUAUGCGUGGGUAAAGAAUGAAGUGAAUUGGAUGAGAUUGAGGAGGUUUGGGAGGAAGAAUGGAUGUGAAGAGCCAAAGGUGUUGAAAAAUAGAUUGCCUGGAGGGAUAGAAAGAUACUGGGGGAUGCUCAAAUUUAAGAAGGGUAUGGACAUCCUCGAAGACCACGUCCACGCACGCUAUCUCAAAAUGGGCGUCGGCACCUACCGAAUCUUCAACCCCUUCCACUCCCUAGUAGCAACCUCCGACCCCGAAAACAUGCAAGCGAUUCUCGCCACCAACUUUACCAAUUUCGAGCUCGGCCCCAGCCGAAGCCAAAACAUGUUUGAAUUACUCGGCCACGGCAUUUUCACCGCGGACGGCGAAGCAUGGGCGCACUAUCGUCAACAACUCAAGCCUCAAUUCUCCAGAGAUCAAAUAAGUGAUCUAGAAGCCGCAAAUCAUCAUCUCCAGAUUCUCUAUCGAGCACUUCCCCAAAAAAGUUCAGAAGAGGUAGAUCUUCUUCCUCUUCUACUACGUUUCACAAUGGAUGUUAGCACAGAAUUCCUCUUUGGAAAAUCAGUCAAUAGUCAAACGACCGCUCUGCAAUCCAUUGACUCGGGCAACGACACAGAAUUGCAAGCUGAGGAGAAAUUCGUACAAGCAAUGUCUUAUUCCCAAGACUACAUUAUCUUCCGCGUGCGACUCUUCAAAUUCUGGUGGCUGGCGCGCUCUCAGAAGUUUCUAGAUGCGUGCCAGAUCUGUAAAGAUUAUUCCGCAGAUUUCGUGCAGAGGGCUCUUUCAUCUACUUCUCCCAAACCCUCUCCAUUUGCAUCUACACCUCCAUCCCCUAAACCUUCCUCACCCAAAGCCAACCCCGAGGAAAAAGAAAAAUACAUCCUCCUCAACGCACUCACCACCCAAACCCGCAAUCCCACCGAACUCCGCGAUCAAAUGCUCCACCUCCUCCUCGCCGGCCGCGACACCACCGCUGCACUCCUCGCUUGGACACUUCUCCUCCUCUCCCGCAAUCCCACACGCUACACCAAAUAUCGUUCUAUAAUCCUCUCUCACUUUGGCCCUCUAUCUUCCUCCUCCCCUCUCUCUUUCACCACCCUCAAAGCCUGUAAACCACUAACCCACAUUCUCUACGAAACGCUCCGGCUCUAUCCCCUCGUACCUAUGAAUUCGCGCGUCGCGAUCCGGGAUACCGUGUUACCGGUUGGUGGGGGCAGUGAUGGGAAAAAACCGAUAGUGGUUAGGAGGGGUGAGAGGGUUACUUAUAAACAAUACGCACUCAACGAAGCCAGUUUUGUGAUCGCGCGUUUCCUUCAAAAAUUCGAAAGAAUCGAAGCGGUUGAUAUGAGUGGAGAAGAUGGGAUGUUGGGGAAGAAACUGAGUUUGACUAUGUCGCCUCAUGAGGUGAAGGUUAGAUUGUUUGCUGCUGGGGAGUAG